AAGAUAAUUUCAAAAUGAAGCGAGGUGCAACUGGCAAACUAUCGAAGGCACAAGCCAAGAACCGCUGUAGGCAUUGUGGGACGACGUUCGGCCGGCGCCAAUGGCUGGAGGAUCACGAGCGUGUGCACACGGGCGAGCGGCCAUACAAGUGUGACCAGUGCAAUGCAACCUUUGCGCAACGCGCCAAUUUGCGCAGUCACCUGUUGGCCACCCACCAAAAUAAGGCGACCUUUCAGUGCAAUCAAUGCGAGCGCAGCUUUAAACGCAGGCGGCUGCUGGCUAACCACAUCAAAUCGAAGCACACUCAGGUGCGAGAUGUGAAAUGCGAGUUCUGUGAGGCGACGUUCGCCACCCCGGAAAAUAUGAUGAAGCAUCUGCUGUGCCACACCGGUGAAAAGAACUACAGUUGCAAGAUCUGUGGCAAGCAGUUCAGUCGACCCGAGAAUCGGAACGUUCAUCACUUCGUCCACAGUAUUCGGAAGCCCUAUGCCUGCGUCGUCUGUGACGAGGGCUUUAUGCGUAAGCAGCAGCUCCAGAAGCACAUAGCAAUUACCCAGCAUCCCAAUCCGAAGAUCGUCCGUCGCCAGCCGCUGUUUAGUGCCGCCAACAGCGACAAGCUACUCCAAAGACCGCUCAGUGAGGCUAACAAAUAAUUGCCCGAUUUCAAAUUUGGGCAAUUUAGCUAGUGAAUAAUGUU